CGGCCUUCAGCACGCCGGAAGUGGCGGCGCGCGACUUCCGGGCUGCCGUGUGGGGUAGCAGCGGUGAGGAGCGCGGCGCUGGGGUGGCAGUGAAGGCCGGCAGCGGGCGGGGAGCGCGACGGCGGCUGGGAUGGACGUGACCGGGCCCGAGACCGACUGGCGCAGCACCAACUUCCGGCAGAAGCUCGUCAGCCAGAUUGAUGAAGCAAUGAGGAAGGCCGGUGUUGCCCACAAUAAGUCCAGCAAAGAUAUGGAGAGCCAUGUGUUUAUGAAGGCCAAAACAAGGGAGGAAUAUCUUUCUCUUGUGGCCAGACUUAUUAUCCAUUUUCGAGAUAUCCACAAUAAGAAAUCUCAAGCCUCAGUCAGUGAUCCAAUGAAUGCCCUGCAGAAUUUAACUGGGGGUCCCCCAGCAGGGGCGCCUGGAAUGACCAUUGCUUCCCGAGCUCAAGGAGCACCGAUGAGUGGGAUGGGUGGCCUUGGCCCAAUGGGGCAGCAAAUGAGUCUCCCAGGACAGCAACAGCCUCCUGGAAGCACGGGAAUGGCCCCUCAUGGUAUGCCUGGUGUCUCAACAGCUACUCAGCAGACCCAACUUCAGCUUCAGCAGAUAGCUCAGCAGCAACAGCAGCAGCAGCAGCAAUUCCAGCAGCAACAGGUGGCUUUGCAGCAACAGCAGUUCCAGGCCCAGCAAUCUGCCAUGCAGCAACAGUUUCAGGUGCAGCAGCAGCAGGCAGCAGCAGCUGCAGCAGCCCAACAGCAGCAGCAGCAACAGCAGCAGUUGCAAGCCGUCCAGCAGCAGCAACACAUGUUGAAACUGCAGAUGCAGCAGCAGCAAAACCAGCAGCAGAUGCAGCAGCAACAGCAGCAGCAGCAACUACAGCGAAUUGCCCAAAUGCAACAGCUGCAAGCAGCACAGGCUAUGCAGGUACAACAGCAGCAGCAACAGCAGCAGCAACAGCAGCAACAAAUACCACAGCAACAGCUACAGCAGCAGCCACCUCAACAAGUAAUGCAACAGCAGAUGCAACAGAUGCAGCAGCAGCAACAGCAACAACAGGUUGCUCAGGCACAGCAAUCUCAGCUUCCACCACAAUCCCAGCCUCAACCCCAGCCCAUGGUAUCUCAGGCACAGGCAAUCUCUGGACAAAUUCCUGGUCAGGUUAUGCCUGUUACUCUCACGCCACAGCAGUUAAAAGCAAUGCAGGUAAGAGCACAACUGGUCCAGCAGCAGCAUGCGGCAGCAGCAGCAGUGCAAGCAGCUCAGGCUCAAGCUGCUCAGAUGGGAGCAUCAGCGCAGAUGAUCACCGCACCUAUGGCCCGAGGUGGGAUGCAAAUAAGACCACGGUUCCCGCCUACCACCGCAGUGUCUGCUACACCGCCAAGCUCCAUUCCUAUGGGCGGACAGCAAAUGCCACAGGUCAGCCAGAACAGCAUUACCAUGAUGUCAUCCCCAUCUCCUGUCCAGCAAGCUCAGACACCCCAGUCAAUGCCUCCACCACCACAGCCACAGCCAUCUCCUCAACCAGGCCAACCAAAUUCUCAGCCAAACUCAAAUGUCAGCUCUGGCCCAGCUCCAUCUCCCAGCAGCUUUCUCCCCAGUCCAUCUCCACAGCCAUCCCAGAGCCCAGCAGCUGCACGAACACCUCAGAACUUUAGCGUCCCAUCCCCAGGUCCUUUAAACACUCCAGGAAACCCAAACUCUGUCAUGAGUCCAGCCAGUUCUAGCCAGUCAGAGGAACAACAAUAUCUGGAGAAACUCAAACAGCUAUCAAAAUACAUUGAGCCACUCCGGAGGAUGAUCAAUAAAAUCGAUAAAAAUGAAGAUAGAAAGAAGGACCUGAGUAAAAUGAAGAGCCUCCUGGAUAUCCUGACUGACCCUUCAAAACGAUGCCCUCUGAAGACACUGCAGAAAUGCGAAAUUGCACUGGAGAAGCUAAAGAAUGAUAUGGCUGUGCCUACUCCACCACCUCCCCCAGUGCCUCCCACCAAACAGCAGUACUUGUGUCAGCCACUUCUGGAUGCUGUCUUGGCCAACAUCCGGUCACCAGUCUUCAACCAUUCCCUCUACCGCACCUUUAUGCCAGCUAUGACUGCCAUUCAUGGUCCACCAAUCACGGCCCCAGUUAUCUCCUCUCGAAAACGAAAAUAUGAAGAGGAUGACAGACAGACUAUACCAAAUGUGUUACAAGGGGAAGUUGCAAGAUUAAAUCCUAAGUUCCUGGUGAACCUGGACCCCUCCCAUUGCAGUAAUAAUGGCACAGUUCAUCUCAUAUGCAAACUAGAUGACAAGAAUCUUCCAAAUGUCCCACCACUACAGCUCAGCGUUCCAGCGGACUAUCCAGAUCAGAGCCCUCUGUGGAUAAAAAACCCUAGGCAGUAUGCAGCCAAUCCCUUCUUGCAGUCAGUGUAUCGAUACAUGACUUCAAAACUGUUGCAACUUCCAGACAAGCAUUCAGUCACGGCACUCUUAAACACCUGGGCACAAAGUAUUCGUCAAGCCUGCCUCUCUGCUGCAUAAUGUGUCACUUUCUAUAUCAUGAAGCAAGAAAUCAAGUCUCAACAGCUGGCCUUUUCCACGUACCAUUUCUAAAGUCAUGGGCAUUUUGGGGAGGUUACUUCAGAAGAAAGAAGCCUUACAUUUUUUUGUUUCUAGGUGUCAGGUUCAGUAGAGGACCUGGUAUUAGUUCUAGAUUUCAUGCUUUUUAUCUUCUGCCUCUGUGGACUUCUGUCAGCAUUUUCAAAUAUGCAGAAUGUGUAUAUAUGGUUCUCAAGACUGUAUUAGGAGUUUUUAUUGUCUUCUUAGAGAAGAAAUUAUUUGUGGACUUCCAUCAGGGAGUCUCAUUGGUAAAAGAGGAAGCAGGGAGAGAAUGCCCUAAUUUACUUCAAAGUUUGCUGAGUGCCAGUAUUCCUUUCACACUGUAUGUUUUGUGACCUGAUACUCCCCCAGAAAUAAAACAACUGCAAGUAAAACAUGCUUGCAAACUUC